AAUAUCCAAUACCCGGAAAAAUUCUAACUUGUCACAUUUCAAAUAAUAACCAGAAAUAUAAAACUACUCUUGAGUUGGGUAAAUACCACAAUUUUGCGGUGAUAACUAUGACAUAUAACAGCUGAUUCGUGACGUCACGGAUCUUAUAACCAAACUGAUAACUACACUCGCUUGAACGGAUUGGUAAAUACCAACCCAAAAUGGUAAAUACCAUUUCCAUUUGGUUAUCCGCUUGAAUUUGAUUUUUCUCGUGUUCAAGCAAGCAGCUUCCCGCCAAAAGAUAUAACAAAAACCACAAUUUUAUAAUAAUUUCGUAAAAUAUUGUGUGUGAUUAAUGGUGUAACUGUGCUUUCACGCAAAAAAUUCAUUAUAGCGGUACGGAAUUAAACAUUAACUAUGUGGUACGAUUCCGCUGAUAACAGUGCCGCUGGCGGCUUUCUGAACAAUACCGCUAAUGAAACAGAUACUCCAAAGAAAUCCGGCCCCAAGAAGAGCCAGAGUGUAAUGCCUCUGGUAGUUCGACAAAUUGAAAAUUGUUAUGACGAGGAGUUCAGCUUAUUUGGUAUCAAGGCCUCUAUUCUGGUGCUUGUGGGGAUACUUAGGGACUAUGAAGUGCAGUCAACCAAGGCAACCUAUAGUAUCCAAGACCAUACAGGUACCAUUAAAGCAGUCUGGUGGCUUGAAAAUGAUGCUGACACUACCCCUAACCUACCUGCGGUCAAAGAGGGAUCUUAUGUUCAGGUAUUUGGUUCUUUAAGAAAGAAAGAGGAAGGUACGGAUGAGAACAUCAUAAUGGUCUUGAGGAUGUUCCCAGUCGAUGAUGCCAAUAUUGUCUACAAUCAUUUACUGCAGGUGAUUCAUAGUAGGCUUGAGGCUGAACACAUGUCCAAGAAUAAGGAAGUGAUGAUAAAGACCAACAAUCCGGGCGCCGCUCUGGCUAACUCCAUGACUUUCUAUGAUGAUAACAUGGAUGGCACUGGUGGCGGAUCUAACAACAUGGGCAUGACCCCUAUUCAACACAAAGUAUUUACUCUGCUGAAACAGGACAUGUCACACAACGGUUUGCACAGAGACGAGAUCAUGAAACAUUUCCCGCCAAAUCAGAGGGCAAAAGUGAAUGACGCCUUACAAUUCCUGAACAAUGAGGGACAUGUUUACUCCACAGUCAACAAUGAUACUUUCAAAGCUACUGAUUUGGUUUGAUUUUUCAUUAUAUACGUGAAUGAAUUUUUGAUAUGUAUGUGAACUUAGUUUUAAGGUUAAUAUAUGAGUACAAGUUUUCCAAUAAAAUAUUUGUUGUAUCUUUUUUACGCUACCCAUACACAAUAUCUCCG